GUGAUAACCCACCCAGGCGGACACGUUCGGGACGACGCGUGCUUCAUGGGACAGCAGUCCAGUAAGGAAGAGAAGGCAGCGCGCCGAAACAAGCGAAAGGGAAACAUCCAUGCGCGCCCUGCUGCCCCUUCUCUUGCGAUACCAGCUCCUGCUGCAGCUGCACAUUCAAUUGCUCCCCCGCCCAUCGCGACAGAUCUUCCCCAAGACUCUUCGACUCUACCAAAGUUGUUCUCCAUGUCUCCAGCAGAGCGAGCGCACUCUCGCCCUCGUGUUGGGUCGACUUCCAACUCACUUCCCGAACCCGCACAUGAUCAUGCCGAUGUCGACGGGAUCGAAGACGUCAAGGUGUCGGACAGUGACGACAGCGACGACAUCUUGUCGGACGACACGUCUGUGGUCGUGGAAGACUGGUUGCUGGAAGGCGAAGACAUCAAGGUCGAGAUGGUUGAAGACGACGGUGUUUCCGAGACGAGCGAAGGCGAAUCGCACACGACGGAGGUGUCGCUGACCGCGUACAUGCAAGCGAACCGCCCGUUGUAUGACAUCAUGAUCCAAGUGCAUCUCUUUGCGAACUUGAGCCAGUUGCAGCAAGAGCAGGUUAUGAAGGCACUCAAACCGAUCACGUUCAAGGAUGGCGAGAUUAUCGUGAAGCAAGGUGACCGCGGCGAACGCUUCUUCAUGAUCGCCAAGGGCGAAGCUGUCGUGACAAAGCUCAUCGAUGGCAAGGAGCGCAUGAUCACGCAUCUGUACGCGGGACAUUACUUUGGGGAACUCGCCCUCAUCUACGACGACCCGCGAACCGCUACGGUCCGUGCAGUCGGCGGCGUCGAACUUUUGUACUUGACGCAGAAGGACUUUCAGCAAGUUGGCCAGGUGCAUUUGAGCCUCAUGCUGCAGCAAGUUCCGCUGUUGGCUCAGCUGAGUGCACGUGAUCAAGACGUCGUCCUGACCAAGCUCAAGCCGUCCAACUUUGCCCACGGCGAAUACAUUGUCCAACAGGGAGAAGAAGGCACUCGGUUUUACAUGAUCACACGUGGGCAGGCAGCCGUGAUCGAGACAGACGCAGACACUGGCGAGGACAAGGAGCUCACAAGGCUGUAUGAAGGCCACGUGUUUGGCGAGAUGAGUCUCAUCUACAAAGAACCGCGGACGGCGUCGGUAGUCGCUGUCGGGCCGGUCAAGUGUCUAUACUUGACCAAAGAAGACUUUGACGAGUGCCUGUUGUCGGAGCGUUUUCAGCGCGUGAUCCAGCACGCGUAUAUCGAGAAAGCGACGCGGCGAGCCAUGCGCAACAAGACCCACAAACUCUUGAUGCACAACAGGACGACCGAGAACGCAGAGUCCUUUACCAUUGCUGCGACGGCAGAUCCACCGACGGUGCCCGUCCGCCACAGUGCCGCUCGAGAGACGAGUACGUUGCGCAAGCACCGCCUCGCCAACGGCGAGACAGUUGUGAACAAGUACGUGAUCAAGGGGGAGCUGGGCAAGGGAUCGUUCGGGACGGUCAAGUUGUGCGCAAACGAAGAGGACGGCCUGUUGUACGCGGUCAAGAUCAUGCACAAGACAUUUGUCCAGCGCAUGGCGAAUCGCGAGGACUCUCUCCAGGACGCGCUGCGACGUGAAGUCGCCAUUAUGAAAAAACUCGAUCAUCGGAACGUCGUCCGGCUCGUCGAAGUGAUUGACGACCCGUCUAGCCAAAAGGUGUAUUUGGUACAAGAGUACGUCGAGAAAGGCAACUUGGCCGAGGUCGCGGGGGGCGCUCCCCUGGCCGAGGAAGUUGCGCGCAAGUACUUGCGGGACUUGCUGUGCGGCCUCCAGUACCUUCACUUUCACAAGGUGGUGCAUCGUGACAUCAAACCAGAAAACAUCCUGGUCACGUCGGACGACGUUGCCAAGAUCGCUGACUUUGGGGCGGCGCGCAUGGUGAUGAACGAAGCGGAGACGCUUACGGUCGCCAAGGGCACGCCAGCAUUCAUGGCCCCCGAAAUGUUCAACGUAAAUGCCGAGUAUACAGGUCCAUCCGUGGAUGUAUGGUCCCUCGGCGCGACGCUGUUCAUGUUGGUGUUUGGGCAUCCACCAUGGACAGCUGAGAACGAGAUUGAGCUCGCGGACAAAGUCCAGCGCGACGAACUCACGUUUCCCGACGUCGUCGUCGAACCGCACUUGAAGAAUCUCCUCACACGAAUGCUGACGAAAGACCCAGAGCGCCGCAUCACGCUGCCGGACGUGAUCAACCACGAAUGGAUCACGCGCGAGGGUAGCGACCCCAUCAUCAACGUGUUUGUGGACGAUCCGUCGCUGCUAAACAAAGUGAGCCUCGACGAGUCGGAGCGCGCGAUUGAAAACAUCCCCGAGCGUAUCGACGCCCGCCUGCAAGCGUCGCUUAUCCAAGCCCACCUCAUCCUCCAGCAAAAGAAGCAGCAAGGGCCACCGGUGCCGCUGAAUCUCUCCCUCCGGUCGCAUGGUUCGAUGAACUCGAUUGGGUCCAACAGCGACCGCGGUUCCAUUUCCACCGGCACGUCGUCCCCCAAACGCACGGUGUCUGCAGCCACCGUGGUACCAAAACCCAACCACCACCGGAACCACCAUCCAAACAGCGGCAAGUCAUCGAGCAGUCCAGGGUCGCUGCGGUCCAAGGGGUCCCAUGACUCGAUGUUUGGCCAGGAAACGAGUCGCGUUAUCUCGGCAUGGCGACACCACAAACGCGUGGCCCUCAUGGACGGACACAACCUGUCGGAACGCGUGCGGGACCUCCUCUUGGAGCAGAAGCGCAUGGCAUUUUCGGUCGAGCGGGCCCAUGUCACGGAGAUUAUUCUGCCGACAAAGCAGCCGACGGCCGCAUCAGCGACUGCCACCGGGUCUACUGUAGGCGAUGCUCCGACCAAACAAGAGCUCACGGACGAAGACUUGACCAAACGCCAAUUGUCUCGGAAGAAAGACUUUCUCAUGGUCACGUCUGAAGUGUUUCGCAACGAAGUCGGCGACUACCAAGCUCGCAAGGUUUUAUUUCAAGCCAAGUCGCAAGAUUUCAGCAUUGCGUCGCGAAUUCCGCUGCACUCCGUUGCCGGGUCGUCUGACGACUUGAUGGGGCGGAAAGGUGAGAUGCAUUCGCGCAAGUCGAGUCGAGCGAGCUCUGCCGGAGGCGGACGAGGCAACAGUUUCGGUAGCUGCAGCAAUUCCCCGUCAAAGCUGUCGUCUUGCGCCGAUUUGUUUGACGAUGUUGCCAUGGUCGACGCAGAUGACGAGGGCGGUGACGAGGAUGAGGAAGAUGAAAUCGUCGAUCAAGUGAUGGACGACGCGAUUGACGACCACACCUUGGGCCUCGCCAGCAGUAGGAGCGUCGCCCCCCCACGCAUCAACAGCAGUACCAGCCAACAACACCGCAGUCGUAGCAACAGCAGCGACAACGACAGCGAUUCCGAUUACAGCGAUGUCAACGAGAACGUCGACGUGAACGAUACGUUCGAUGACUUGCUACAGUCGCCGCGCUUCCACUUGGCCGACGAAGACAAGGACGUGGCCCCGCUCGAGGACGACGCGAAUUGCUUUAGUGGCCCGACCGUGGUUGCCACUGGCGACGCAUGCCUCACUUCUGUCGUGCAAGUGUACGUGAGCAGCAAAAUCCGAGAAAACCUUGGUUUGGGCGUCCGGGCAGGCUACGCUGAAGCGAAGGGCGCGCGGCCUUUCAUGGAAGACCGCAGUCUUGCGUUGGCGCGGUGUCCUUUUGACGAUGCGAUGGCGUUCUUCGGCGUGUACGAUGGUCACAAUGGCGCCGAAACGUCAAUUGCUCUCCAAGCACACCUCCACCACCGGAUUUGGACCCACUGGAACACGAGUGCUUCGCCCGCAGCUGCAAUUGAGUCGGGCUGCCGCGACAUGGACGACGAGCUGCUUCGACGAGACAUCGAAAGAAUUGCAGCGCAAAAGAACGAACGGAUUCCAGCCCCGAUGUCGUUCUCUGGGUCGGCAGCCGUCUUUGCCAUCGUCGUAACAACCGAAAACGGAGUUGUGCUGCAUGUCGCCAACAUCGGGGAUUGCCGCGGAGUGCUGUGCCAGGAUGGCGACGCUGUCGACCUCACCAUCGACCACAAGGCGAACAACCCUGCGGAAAAGGCCCGGGUGGAAGCAGCCGGCGGCUUCGUCCACAACGGACGGCUGGAUGGGAUUCUGGCCGUGUCGCGCGCGUUUGGCGACUUUGCGCACAAGUCUGGCGGCCACCUCAUCGCGACUCCGAUGGUUGCUUCGCUCCCAGUGUCGCCAGUCGACGAAUUCUUGCUACUGGCCAGCGAUGGCCUGUUUGACGUGCUGUCGUCCCAGCAAGCGAUCAACUUUAUUCGGCGCAAACUGAGGGAGCACGGCGACGUCCAGCUUGCCGCGCAGGAGCUCGUGUUCAAAGCGCAGGAAUAUGUCAGCCAUGACAACAUUAGUGCAAUCGUCGUGUGCUUUAACCAAACAUAGUGGCAUGAAAACGUUGUCGUUCGUGCAUUAGAAUCGUCG